AGAAGAUAUCCAUACCCUUUGUUGCCAUGUUCACAUCUAUUCCCGUUUGGGCCAUUAUCAUGACAUCUUUCGGUGCGUCGUGGACAAAUCAGUUGCUCUUCACGAAUCAACCCAUCUACCUCAAGCACGUUCAAGGAAUGGAUAUUGAACUGAUUGGUAUCACUGCUGCCAUCCCCUUUCUUGUCGAGUUCUCGUUUUUGGUACUGGGUGGCAUGAUCAGCAACAAGCUGAUAAGUAAGGAGUUCUUGAGUACAGGAGCUACAAGAAAAUUGGUAACCUUUAUCGGACUAACCAUAUCAGCAAUAUUUUACCUUCUUCUUGCGUUCGUUGGUUGCAACACCGCCCUCUCCGUCCUGUUCAUGAUAGGCGCAUGUGGCUUCAAUGGGGUCUGCAGUUCCGGCUACUACGUAAACCUGAUGGACAUAGCGCCUAGACUCGCAGGAAGUCUGAUUGGUUUGGUCAAUUCUGCAUCAGCCCUUUCUGGAGGACUAAGUCCGAUUGUUGUUGGAGCUCUUACUCCUAACCAGUCUGACAUUACAGGUUGGCAAACGGUCUUUCUUUCCUGCUUCGGAAUCAAUUUGCUGGCAUGUUUGAUAUUCAUGGUAUUUGGAAGUGGAAAAGAGCAGAACUGGGCCAAGCAAACUGAAUAUGACAAGUUGUGAUUUUGGUUUCAUUUGGCGAUUCAGCGAUUUGCUUGCAGUCAUCGAUUCUCUUUUCAUCUGGGGCCCUUUUCCUAAAGGACUUACAACUGUCAUAACUUGGUAACAGG